AUGGGUAACAAACAAGUUGAAGGCGAGGACUAUGGUGAAACUUUUUCACCAGUGGCAAGAAUGGGUACGGUUAGGCUAUUCUUGGAGACGGCUGUGAAAUAUGGUUGGAAGGUUCAUCAAAUGGAUGUUCAAAACGCAUUUUUACACGGCGACUUAGAGGAAGAAGUCUACAUGCGUUUGCCUCCUGGUUAUCAACUACCUGACAAGAACAAGGUAUGUCGUUUGAGAAAAUCUCUCUAUGGUCUUAAACAGGCACCGCGAUGUUGGUUUGCAAAACUGACAACAGCUUUGAAGGAUUAUGGAUUCGUUCAGUCCUUAGCCGAUUACUCAUUAUUCACUUAUGAGCAAGGUGCAGUUCGCAUACAUAUACUAAUCUAUGUGGAUGACCUCAUAAUAGCUGGCAGUAAUGAGGAUGCAACGGCAAAGUUUAAGGACUACUUGGCAUCCUGUUUUAAGAUGAAAGACUUGGGAGAGUUGAAAUAUUUCUUGGGCAUCGAAAUAGCAAGGAAUGAAUCUGGUAUGUAUUUAUGUCAGAGGAAGUAUGCGCUAGAUAUUAUUGCAGAGACGGGUUUACUUGGCUGCAAACCAGUGAACUUUCCUUUAGACCAGAAUCAUUCUCUGCAGUUUUCAAAAUCUCGCAUCUUGAGUGAUCCAACACCUUACAGGAGACUACUCGGCCGGUUGAUAUAUUUGGGGGUAACAAGGCUGGAUUUAGCUUACUCGGUACAUUUAUUAGCUCAGUUUAUGAAGGAACCAAAGGAGGAUCACUGGCAUGCAGCGAUCCGAGUGGUUAACUACUUGAAGUCUGAUCCUGGUCAAGGUAUCCUAUUACGCUCUGACAAUGAUUUUCAAGUAACUGGAUGGUGUGAUUCGGACUGGUCUCGUUGUCGUAUGUCACGCCGCUCAGUUACAGGUUACUUCAUUCAACUUGGCAACUCUCCUGUGUCUUGGAAAACGAAAAAGCAAAAGACAGUGAGUCGAUCGUCAGCGGAAGCAGAAUACAGGGCGAUGGCAGAUCUGGUUCAGAAACUAAUAUGGCUAAAGCGCAUGCUACACACGUUGGGAGUUUUUCAUGUUCAGCCAAUGAAUGUUUAUUAUGAUAGCAAAUCAGCAAUCCACAUAGCGUCCAAUCCGGUGUUUCACGAGCGAACGAAACACAUAGAGAACGAUUGCCACUUUGUAAGGGAUGAGGUUGUUUCCCGAAAUAUACUUCUCCAACAUGUUAACACAAAGACACAACUCGCGAAUAUAUUCACCAAGCCGUUGGGCACAGAGAGUUUUGAAGAUUUUCGGUCCAAGCUGGGCAUACUCAACCUGUAUGGUCCAGCUUGA